AUGGCUGCCAUUACUCAAAAUCAAUCCUCUGACGGCAAAUCAGCCUCUGUGGGAUUUCAUUACCCCAAGCAAGAACAAAUUCCACCAGAUUCCAUCGGCGUCGAUCAGAUUCUGGUAUCCUUCAUCUUCUCCCCAAUCAACCCCCAAGACCUCCUCGUUCUUGCAGGUCGCUACCCAGUCAAACCGCUGCAUACCCUAGACAACCAGCCUGUUCUGGGUUAUGACGGCGUGGCUUGCGUCGAAGCAGUGGGUCCUCUGACCAACCCAGAGCAGACCCACAUUCGGCCCGGAGACUUUGUUGUUCCGCAUCGACAUGGAUUAGGAACCUGGAGAAGCCAAGCUCUUCUUAGCGUGACGGAUGUUAUUCCCCUGUCGCCUACGAAGGAUCUGCUUGGCGCAUCUCUAUUGCGCAUGGCGUUUCUGCCGGCUUACCUCCUCGUCGAGGACAUGCGUGACUUGAAGCCUGGUGAUUGGAUCAUUCAGAACGCAGGUUCUGGAACCAUCGCGAGGCUUGUAGCGCAGUUUGCACGUCUCAAGGGGGUUCGUACCUGCAGCGUCGUGCGUGAUCGGGAGGGUAGCACUUUCGAUGCCCUCAAGGCUGAUCUGCAGAGCCAGGGCGUUGAGAUCGUGAUCACCGAGGACGAUCUCGCUAAGCACGGCACCCAGGCUUCGGCAGAACUCGCGGAUGCUGCUGCCAAGGGUCGUAUCGUGCUCGCCAUUGACGCUGUCUUUGGUGAAUCCGGCGAGAUACUUGCAAAUACCCUCUCUCAUGGUGGGACAUAUGUCAAUUGCGGGUCUCUCGGCGGCGCAAGUGGAAUCAUUGGUCUUUCCCAGCGUUUGCUGUUCUGGUCAGAGGUCAAGUUUCGGAACUUCCGCCUGUCUGAACAGCUAAAGGCUCGUACUGCAGCAGAGCAGGAAUCUCUCCUGCUGUGGUUCCAGGACCUGCUUUCUCAGGGACUUUUGCGUACGCCACCUGUGGAGACGAUUCAGGUUCCUCAGGAUGUUGAAGGCAGGGAUGAGUUUGAGAGGCGUGUGAAGGAGUCUGUUACUGCAGGUCCUGGUGACAAGGUGGGACGGGUCAAGCAGGUUUUGCAGUUUGGUAGGGUCUAG